GGGGCGCUGCCGCCCUCCGGCCGUGCGCGCGCGCCCACCGGGAAAGGCGCGCGAGGUUUGAAGGCGGCGCGCGCCGGCCCUGGUCCGGGAUGGCGCAGGACUUGAAUCAUUUAAAAAAAAGCUACAGAGCGAGAUUCUGCCAUGGAGGAGGAAAUAAGAUUGACCUACAGCCAGGUCAAAACGUACUGAAACUCAUACAGGAUUGUUUUGGAAGUUGCAGCAGUGAUCCAAUGAACUCUCCAAAUUGCUCCACCUUACUUUUGGAAAAAAAGAAGAGGACUUCAGUGCAGAGACAAAGGCCCGAGGCAGGGUCACCCAACUCUGUAAAAAGAGCCUGUAAGUCUGCAGAACCUUCACCUGCAUCACCACUAAAAGCAGUCAACAGCAGAGGACAGUUGUGUGGAUCACACCUGAAGCCUGCAACACACGAUUACGUAGCUGCUUCUAAAAACACAGAGUCUCCUGUGUCUAAAAGUGAAAAAGAAAAUACAUUAAAAGACGUUGAAGCACUGUGCCAGCAUCCAGCCGAGCCUUUGGACUCUGAGAAUAAUCGUGGGUCUGUUGCAUCACCUUUUCCUGUGGAGAAAGCCAAAAGUUCUCCUGUAGUUAAAUUACGAUUUGAUAGCUGGAAUACACCAGCUGCAGCAAAGAGUGGUGGAGAAGUUGAAAAUUUGAAAGGACCUCAGCCUGGGAGAGAUGAACAGAUUGUUCCUGUGCAAGGAACAGAACAUGUCACUGCAUCAUCUGCCCGGACAGUGAAGACUUUCUCUUCAGCUAUCUUAGCAGCUGUAGCACCAAGAACAUUUGGACAGAGAUAUUCAACCUCCAUAUCACCACCAUCACCUUGUCCUGUGAAACAUCAAGAUAUAAAAAUAGAAAAUGAAUGUGAAUUUUUAAUUGAUGAAUCAGGUGAUGCGUCUUCUACUUCUUGGAUUUCGAUACCCACUAAGAACAAAAAAUCAAAAAAAGAUGGCUCUGCAGCUCUCAUUUCUAAACCUCAGCCCUCUGAAAAGAAGAAGACACAGAAUAAGAAAGUCAAGAACAGAAAAGUACAGGUUAAAGCACUUUCUAAACAGAAACUGGAUCAUUUGGAUGUUGGAGCUUUUGACUUCAAAGAAACAUCAGAGUCAGAUUCAAUCCGUAAUAGUGAAGAAAACGUCCUUACAUCUCAAAGCCAAAAGAGUACUCAUAUGGGGAAGACUGAAGAGGAUGCACUUAGACAAGGCUCUCCAAAACAGAAAAAGAACACAUUCUGGAAACCAGAAGCUGAAGAACUGAUGUCGUGGUCUGGAUUGGAAACAAAACCAUCUGAUGAAGAGCAGUGUAAAACAAAGAUGCUGCCAAGUGAGGAUUUGCCUAUACUCUCAUCUGGGCAUCAGGAAGAGCAGACUGUGUCACUAAGGAAGUCUCUCAAGUCUUCCGAGAAUCUGCAGUUGACUUCUAAAGCUUCUCAGUAUUCAGUUAAGAAGAAACAAACUGCUAAGCAGAAACUUCGAAAAGUCAAAGCAGCUAUGAGAGGGACACUAAAUCCAAGGAAGAAGUGUAAAAAUUUUGUCCAGAAAAGUAGUAAUAAAAAGCUUCAGUUACAAAGAGAGGAGAGUUCUGACAGUGAACCUGGUGAAGAAGAGCUUGAAAGAGAGCCUAUGGAAUUGAAUGAAGUGUGCACCACACCCUUGCAUCAGGAGUUAGAGACUCCUGUGAUUAAGAAGUUGACUAAGUCUGAAAAGUGUAGAAAUGUAUUGCACACAUCAGAGUCACCUGGUGGUGCAAAUAACAGAACUCCUCUAAAAGCACUCCAGCAUCCCAUGGGGAGUGUGAAGAAUCCUGAAAAGAAAUGGUUGUCUGCCAAGUCUUCAGGGAAGACACCCAAAAAGAUUCCACGUAGAACCAACAAAGCUCUCUGCUCAAGCCCUGAAGACACUGAGUCUGAAACAAAUUCUGACAGCUCUUCUGUACAAGACGUGGCAAGGAAAAAACAGAAGUUAUCAGAUGUGAAAACAAAAAGUAAUAAAAGAAAAUAUGACAGCCAGCAUGGAUCACUGGAUUCCCUUGUAGCUGAGAAGGUUGGGAGUUGUGAAAGUGGGCCUGUUCUAGCAGAUUGUGAUAAAUUUUCUUCUGCCACUAAGUGUUCUGAACAAGAUGAUAUAUCUUCAGAUAAUUCUGAAGACUUGAAUCCCAAAUUAAGGCAUCUGUUGUCAGACGAAAUGGCAAGGCAUAAAAUAGUAAUGCCUUCCAACACACCUAAUGUUCGUCGGACAAAAAGGAUACGGCUGAGACCUCUGGAAUACUGGAGAGGCAAGCGUGUAAACUAUACUAUGAAGCCUUCAGGAGGGCAUGUGAUUAGUGGACUAGUGCAUCCAGAAACAGAAUCUCCCAGGAAGAGUAAAAGGAGGAAGGAUUCUCCCAAGCAGAAAAGAAAUAAAACAAAUAGAAAAGAGGUACCUGCAAGUUUGGACAACAGCCUAGCUGAUGUGUGUAAGCCAGCCAUUGUAGUGGACCCAGUAACAAAAAAGGAAGUGCAUCUGGAUUGUAUAAACACUGCAAGCGGUCACUCUUACUUCUUCAAAGAUGAAGCAGUAGAAAUAUACAAAAAUUUGAAUACAUCUCUUUUUGCAACUGGUAGAUUAGUUCUGAAACCAUAUAAAGAAAAAGGGCACCAGUUUGUCCACAUGGAUACAAUAGCUUUCCAUAUUAUCCAUGGCAAGGUUAUGGUAACAUUACACAAGACAUCGUAUCACCUAGCUGCAGGGGACAGCUUCUAUGUUCCAGCAGGAAAUGGAUACAACAUACGUAAUCUUCUGAAUGAGGAAAGUGUUCUUGUCUUCACACAACUCAAAGACAGAUAUGCAAGAGAUGCGUUGUUGGACACCUCUUCCCCAUAACUUUACCUGCAAACUGAAGAUCAUCUAAUGCAGAGGAGUUCUAAAGAAUGCUGAACAUUUUCCUCUGACACCCCAGUUUUAGGGGCAUGUUGUUUCAUUGAUCUUAAAGAUCUUUCUCCAGUGUAAAUGGUAAAUACAUAGUUUGUUAUGAAUUACCUUUUCUUUUGUAUCAAUAAAUAUUAAGUAAUGCAAAUCAGUUUUGAUUUCUUUGAUUUUAUAUAAUUUUAGAAUCAGUUUUCUAGCAUUCCAUGUGGUUUUGAAAGUGCAGG